GGUGAACACCUAAGGUUCUGGUAAAAGAAAAGCGGAAUAAUGAUUCUUGUUGGUCAUCUUUUCCGGUUUGCGGUUUUAUGCUCGAUUGCAUCAGCAUUCGGUGGAGCUGAUGCACAGCAUCUGAUCGCCUACAUCUCCCAGCGCGGUCUUCAUGGGGAGAUCACGUUCCGGCAGGUGAAUGCCACCACGGUGGAGAUCAAGGCCAGUCUGGAGGCCACUCUUCAGUAUCCCGAUCAGGUAUGGAGCUGGGCUGUUCGACGAUUCCCCGUGGACUAUUCCAACACCGACCCUGAUGAACGAUGUGAACUAUCUCGCCUGGGCACUCAAGUUCUAAGCUUCGAUGAAGAUCUGGAAUAUCUGGUGUUGCCGGGAAACGAAACUGCCACCUGGGAGCGUAACAUGCAACUGAUUGGUGAUCGAGGAAUAUGGGGAAAGUCCUUGGUUUUAACUGAGGUCAACUCCAAUGCUCGAAUUUGUGCCACCAUCACCACAGUCCAGAGUUCUGUGGAGCACAUGGCAGAGGCCCGAUUCAACACACCCAUAGCCGGAUCCGUUCACUUCCGGUGGUUGGCUCCGGCAGAGGGAUCCAGUGGAGAUACGCUGAUCUAUUCCGAUUUGUACCACAUUAGAGAGCAACCGGCGGCUCUUGAGGGCGGAAAUGGCCGAGGAACUCCCUUCACCCAACACCAUUGGAAGAUUUUCGUGACGGAUAUCUUUAAACUUGACCAUCACCGAACAGAGGAUAACUGCAAUUUCCUGCAGCUGGUCUUCGAUCCUCAGGGAGGUGGAGCUGGUCAGGGCAUUGGUGAUCUGGAUAGCCGUCUCGGCCGAAUCGGUGUCGCCAAGAACGCCCUGCGAUCCCCGCAACGCUCUGUAUUCCGAGAUGCCCAACUGGCACUUUUACCCUCGGAUCUCACGAUUCCACAUCGGACACUUUACUUGGUUUUGUUUGACAACCAGCAUCCGGAUACUUAUCUGGCCUGUACCAAGAUUCGCCAUGUCCAGCCCCUGACUUACAAAACCUUUAUUAACUCUGGUGGAGUAAAAGGAGAAGUCACCUUCACCCAACGCUCCAAGUUUGACCCCACCUUCCUGAACUUCACCCUGGAAGCACCACUUUCCCAGCAUGUGAGUCGCAAAUUUGCCGAGGAUGUGGCUGCUUUUAAGAUCCACAGCUUGCCGCCAGUGCCCCAGCGAAUGGGCCACGAGGACUACUGUUGGACCACAGGUGAAAUGCAUAAUCCCCGAGAACUAAAUGAUAAUAUACCUCCGCCUGGAUAUGGUACUCAAGAGCAGUACGCGGUUGGCGAUCUCUCCGGGAAGCUGCAAGGUCGGAAUAAGGGAUAUUUUCACCAGUACGUUCUGCCCGGAACCAGCUCUGAAUUGAGUGGUCUUUACUGGGAUGUGUUCCUGCCCCUCCAAGGCCGUCAUAGCAUAGUCCAACGCAGUCUGGUCAUCUAUACCUACAACCGGACCGAUGUGGAACAUAUUACGCAAAGUAUAUGGGGAUGUUCCAGUCUGGGACAGUAUCAAAAGAAUGGAAUAUAUCAGCAGAAUAUGAUCACGGCGCAGGUUCUUUUCCGGUAUCCUGUGGUGGGUCGCGUCAUCUUCCGGCAAGCGGCAGAAGAGCCUUGGCAGGACACCACCAUGUUGUUUGAAUACCUCAUCCAGGCUGAUGGUUCCACGCAAAAUACCACAUUUGAUCAUCGCUGGGCUAUUCAUAGUGCUGCUCCCGGCAAGGACUUCUACGACUGGCAGCAGCGGUGCAUUUCCGCAGGACCUGUUUUUAACCCUUAUCGUGUGGACUGGGGCAAUCGCAGUGCCGAUGACUUCUGUCAGCCCCAUCUGCCAGCCAUGUGCCGAUUGGGAGCUUUGGAUGCAAGAUUGGGAAGACUCACCAUUGCAGGUGGCAAGCGAGUGGCUCAGAAAAUAAGCCGAAAAAUGUUUGUGGACGGGAACCUUCCGCUCUCAGGACGCCACAGCAUUUUGGGUAAGUCCUUGGUCCUUUAUGAGGACAACGGGCCCAAGGCUAGAGGAGAGCGGCUGGCCUGCUCGGCGGUGAUCGGACAUUUUCGCCGAAAAGUGGUGGCCAAGGAAUGGUACGCCAAUGGAGAUCCCUUGACGGUCAGUGGGAGAGUGGAAAUCACCCAGCAGUCAGAAUAUGACAUAAGUAACGUGGAAGUACAGCUCAAAGGACUGAAUGACAAUACAGGAUAUCAUAUUCACAGAACUCCCGUAGAGGCUAAUCUGGCCUUUCCCUGUGAAGCUUCUACUCUUUAUGGCCACUGGAAUCCCUUUGAUGUUAAUCCAAAAUCAGCUCCACCCCCUAAACGAGGCACUACGGAUCAGUACGAGAUGGGGGAUCUGAGUGGAAAGUUUGGUGGCCUGGAAGGAGUCACCCAAUUUGAAGAUUCUUACAACGACACAAAUCUUCCACUAUUUGGCUAUAAUAGCAUUAUUGGAAGGUCUGUGGUUAUUCAGAAAAGACAGAAAAAUGCCCGUUGGGCUUGCAGCACCUUAGAACGUGGCUAUAGCCCCAGCGAGGCCAGGGAACUAAGAGCUAUAGCAUCUUUUCAUCAUCCCACGGGUUAUGCCUAUGGAUACAUCAAGAUGACGCAGUUGAUCCACAGCGAUGGAAGUCAGUCGGAAACAGUAAUCGAAGUAAAGUUGCGACAUCCUGGAAAAAAUGAUCGCAACUCCACCCGGAAUCACAACUGGCAGAUCUACGUAAAUCCAGUGGGAGUAGAUGCUGCUGUGAAGCCCACAAUUACGAGAUGUGUGGCAGGCGGUUAUGUUUGGAAUCCUUACUAUACCCAGCUGGCAGAUCCUUUGAAUUUGGAUCUUUAUGAACAAGAAUGUGGUCCAGAUAAUCCUCUUCGAUGCUAUGUGGGCGAUGUAGGAGCUCGUCUGGGAACUAUAGACCUUGGUGGCGAAAGAGUGGUCUUCACCGACUCAAAUUUCCCCUUGGAAUCCCCUGUGGGAGCCAUUGGUCGUUCCAUUGUGAUCUUUGGUCCGGAUAACUCACAUGAAAGGUUUGCCUGUGCCAAUAUUGAACCCGAUCACAAUGUCAUCAAGUACAUCAACCUUCAGAAGCCACCUCGCUUUGUUGUUGCCCAAUUUCUUGAGGAACUACGUUCUGUGAUGGGAAUUCCCGAAUGGAUGCUGGAUGUGGAUGCUCGAAAAACAAAGGAGCUUCAUGGCGGAGCCUGCAUCCAGAUGAUUAUCCACUUCAAGGGACCUCUUGCUCACCGACUGGAGUUGGACAUGUCGCGACUGAUAGCAGCAGGAAGAUUAGAUGCUCCAAGUCUAUACAUUCCAGGAUAUGUGAAUACCAAGCGAAAGGCUACUAUCUCAUAUCGCACCUGCGGUGUUAGGGACACCAAUGAAAAGAGAACCAAAAACUUCAAGGGUGGCUUCUAUUCCUCAAGUUCCGAUCUAAUCCAACCAAAGGCUUUUAGUUUAUCCAUCGUAGUCAUCAGCCUCGCCCUUAGUUUUUUGUAAAAAUCUUCUUGAUACUUUAUUGUU